AUGGCUCACUUGACGCAAGACCACGUCCAAUAUCUUUACGACACGUUUGGGGAGCUAAAAGUGCUGGACGACAUCAUACAGCAUCGUGCAGCCGAUAAAGUUCCAGCACCUAUCCUUGGGUACCCCAAGGGUCACACCGCCGAUGACUACGAACGGUUUACCGGCCGCCAGCUUGAUGCAUUUGUUGAUGCAGCAGCCAAGCACUUCCUAGCGAAUGGACUCAAAGCAAGCUCCAACCAAACUGUCGCAAUUUAUACUCCGUCAAACUUGGACUUCGUCGUCACUCUUUUCGCGCUUAGUCGAAUUGGAUACACUGUGCUAUGCCUCUCUCUUAGGCUCGCGCCCAUAGCGAUCGUCAAUCUGCUCAGGCAAGCGGGAUGUAGUACCAUGGUACAUGGUUAUUCGCAACAGAUCGAAUCGAUGAUACAGGAAGUGGCACAGGAAGUCUCUCUUCAGACUCUACACACUCCGGGAAGGAAAGUGUAUGAAAUUCCGAUCAAGGAGCCGCGGUUUCAACGCGUAUACAACAGAGAUGAGGAGACCAACAGAGUCGCGUUGGUCAUGCACUCAUCCGGUUCAACUGGUUUACCGAAACCUGUCUUUCUGAGCCACAAAAACGUUUUGUGCCACCCAGUCCAAGGCGCCGGUGUCGAUAAUUUCGGUGCGCUUCCUCUUUACCACAUGUAUGGAAUUUCCACGAUGCUGCAGGCGAUGUACAUGAGGAAAAUAGCGUACAUGUUCAACCAAUCGCUCCCAAUGACUGCCGACAACCUUAUCGCGGCCAUCCAAGCCAUUCGACCGCAGGCAAUUCACACAGUUCCUUACGCCCUGGGACUCCUAGCAGAGCAGACUCGCGGUGUGGAAUGCCUUAAAGCCUGCAAGUUUGUAACUGCCGCAUCUGCACGAACACCGGAUGAACUGGGGGAUAGACUGGUAGAAGCAGGAGUCAACCUUGGCGUUGUUUAUGGAACGACUGAAUGUGGUCUUGCAGGCGAUACUAUGCGGCGCGGGCCUGGCGACAAUUCCUGGAACUAUAUCCGACUUUACCCGAAUGUCAGGAAAUUUGUCGAAAUGCGACCGGUCGGAGGUGGCCAAUACGAAUGUAUCUAUCUCAGAGGACACCCAGGCUUGUCUUCUACCUCACUGGAAAGUGAAACGGAUGGCUCGUGGCGGAGUAAGGAUAUCUUCGUUCCUCAUUCCACUGUUCUAGACGCCUGGAAGUAUAUCACCCGUACCGACGAUCGCAUCACUCUCAUCAACGGCGAGAAGGUGCUACCGCUACCCAUCGAAGGCUGUAUCCGAGAAAACCAUCUUGUUCGUGAGGCAGUCGUCAUUGGCAUCGACCGACCUAUUCCCGGCCUGCUGGUCUUCAAAUCUCAUCUCGCUGAUCAAAUACCCGACGGCGAAUACGUGGAUUCGAUAUGGCCAACGAUUCAGGACGCGAAUGCGGCUGCGGAAAGCUUUUCGCAAAUCACCAAAGACAUGAUUUGGGUAUUUCUUUCAACCGAGGAAUAUCCUCGGACAGAUAAGAACAGCAUUAUCCGAGCUCAGGUGUAUCGUACGUUCGCACAACAGAUCGACAUGCUCUACGCGAGAAUAGAGGCCCAAGAAGGCUGUCUCAAACUCAGCCUCCCUGCCAUCGAAGAGUUCCUUCGAGAGACUUUCGAAGACAUUGUCGGUGCUUCAAUGCCUUCGGCUGAGACAGACUACUUCAGUGCGGGGGUCGACAGUCUGAGAGCCAUUCAGAUGAGGCGGAUUAUCCAAAAGACACUUGAUUUGGGGGGUCAUGAGCUAAGCCCUAAUGUUGUUUACGAGUAUCAGAGUCCGAAGAAGCUAGCGCAGUAUCUACACUCGCUGCGUACUGGCACAAGCAUGGCAGUUGAUGGAGAGGCCGAGCUCAUGGGCCAGCUCAUAACAGAUCAUUCAACGUUCGGCGAGGUUGCGAUCCUUACCGGGGCCACGGGAUCGCUCGGUGCCCACCUUCUGGAUCAGAUGAUCUCUAGCAAGAGAUUUCGAAAAGUCUACUGCUUCGUCCGCGGCGGAAAGCGAAGUCCACUGGACCGGGUGCUCGGGUCCCUGGAAGCAAGAUGCAUCGAGGUCAGCAAGUUUGCGAAAACCAAAAUUGUGGCUUUGGAAGUCGAUUUGAGCCUGCCCGAUUUCGGGAUCGGUGAAGCAAUGAUGGAGAAACUGAGGACGGAGGUAACCUUGAUUCAACACCUCGCAUGGCCGGUCAACUUCAACAUCCCACUAGCGACGUUCCGGCCACACAUAGCCGGGCUCCAGAACCUUCUCAAACUCUCGCUUGAGGUGUAUCGGACAAAGUCCGCGUUGCUAUUUUUCUGUUCAUCUAUUUCGACAGCCGCGAAUACGCCACUCACUGGGCCCGUCCCGGAUGAGGCGAUCGAAGACUUCAAUUUUGCCGCAGAUACGGGCUAUGCGAAAUCCAAGCUGGUGGGCGAGCAUAUUGUGCGUAAUGCUACACGAGCGGGCGCUCGUGGAUAUAUAUUGCGCAUCGGACAAAUUGUCGGUGAUACGAAGAACGGCGUGUGGAACGACGAAGAGUUCAUCCCUGCCAUGAUUCGCUCGGCGCUAACUAUGAAGAUGCUGCCAAUGUUACACGAGCAAUGCUCAUGGUUGCCGGUUGACACGCUUGCAGAAGCGAUGAUGGAGCUUACCGUAAUGCUAGAACAAGAGCGAAGCCCGCUGGCAUUGCACAGCACCAACCCGCCCAUUUUCUUCAACAUGGCAAAUCCGGACGUGUUUUCGUGGAAAGACCUUUUGGCUGAGCUGAAGAAGGCAGGCCUACAGUUCAAGGUGGUACGAUUCAAUGAAUGGCUGAAAGGGCUGCAGGCCAGCGCCGAACGGGGCAAUGAGAUACACAAUCCUGCGGUAAAGUUAAUCGACUACUACAGACAGCAUUACUCGAGUAGCCUGGUGGAAACGAAUGGCUUCACCGAGGGGACUACUAUGUUCCGGACUGAGGCUGCGGAAAGAUACACAACGGUACUAGCAUCGCAGCCAGGUCUCAUAGAAAGCGGGCAUAUUCAACGGUUUGUGGCAGGAUGGAGGCAAAAGUGGGACCGGACGGUAUGAGGUGCAUCCCAAAAUGGGCUGAUGUAUAAGGUAGAACGGUGAGGACGGCGU